CAUCAUCGAUGAUCAUUUGAAAUUCUGUCCUUCAUUCAUGUAGAUUAAUUGGCAACAAUUUUCAUUAUCAGUGAAUUUUAUUUUAUUUCUAAGACAAACAAACAAACAAAAAUGAUAAUAAAACAAUUCAUAAUAAUAAUGGCUACGGUAGCCAUUGUUUGUCAUUGUCAAUUGCCCGGUACCGGUAUUAUUCGUAAAUUAACACCAAGUCAACAGAAAAUUAUGGAUACAUUGGGCAAAAAUACCAAUCAAGUGACACAAUUUCUUUCCGGAGUCAAUCUACAAUCGAAUGAAACAUUUUCGAAAUUAUUUCCAUCAUUAUCGAAAUUAAGUUUGGAUAAAAUUAAAGAAUGUUAUGAUAUGUCCGUACGUGAUGAGGAAUAUAAUUUUUUCAAUCAGAAUCUAAUGACAACACUUCAAACAUUUUAUAAAAAUUUCCCAGAAAAUUUUGAUGUAAAACAAUUACCGAAACGUAUGAAAAAUCUAUUUGAUUCAAUGAUGGAGAUUGCUAAUUAUACGCUAUCCUGCGCAUUGGAUAUUGGUGAAUAUCAGCUUGGUUUAACACAGUUAUCCGAUUGGGAUGAAAAAGAAUAUAAAACAUUAUUGGGUGAAAAAAUAUCCGAUAACAUUGAUAAUGAAUAUAAUAAUCGUAAGCAGAAAAAAUCCUCUGGUAAUCGACCAUCAUCAUCGAAUCUGUUAGGUUCAUUAAAUCCAUUAUCCGGUGGUGGUGGUGGAAAUCGAAAUCGUGGUAAUAAUAAUGGCAACAGAAAUAUACGUUUAAAACGUGCUAUUGAAGUUGCCGAUGAAUGUAAAGUGAAAAAACGUGAUAAAUUACCAAAAAAAUUUGAUUGGCGUCAAAAAGGUAUGGUUACUGAACCGAAAUUUCAGAAUAAAUGCGGUAGUUGUUGGGCAUUUGUAUCGACAUCUAUACUGGAAAGUGCAUAUCUUAUCAAUGGAUUAACCAAAAAUAAAAGUUUUGAUCUAAGUGAACAAGAACUGGUGGAUUGUGCGAAAAAAACUGGCUGUAAAGGUGGUACGGCAGUCGAUUCAUUUAAUUAUUUGCUUGAAGCUGAUGGUAUAACUGAUGAAGCAUCAUAUCCAUAUGAAUCAAAGGAUGGAAACUGUAAAGCAUCGAAAAAGAAUCGUGUUGCCGUCAUUGAUGAUUAUUGUGUACGUGGUAAAUAUGUUACAGUGGAUGGUAAAACGGAACAACUAUCUGAUCAGGAAAUUCAAUAUAUCAUACAAGAAUUUGGCCCAGUUUAUAGUACAAUCAAUGCUGAUGAUUUGGGUAGUAUGAAAAAUCUAAAAAAAGGUGUUUAUAAAAAUAAGAAAUGUGAAAAGAAAACCAAUCAUGCAAUAGUUAUUGUUGGCUGGGAUGAAAAAGCAUGGAUCGUUAAGAAUAGUUGGGGAACCGGAUGGGGAGACAAGGGAUUUUUCCGCAUGAAACGGGGUGAAAAUCUUUGCGGAAUAAAUACCUAUGUUAUAUUUCCGUUGGUUGUAGUAGAAUAAAAAUAAUAAAUGAAAAUGAAAUGGAAACAUUUCUACACAAUAAUAAUGAACAAUACAUAUAAUAAUAUUUUUUUUAAAUCGCCAAAUUCGAAUCGAUCGAAAUCAAAAAAAAACAUCUAAACACUCGUACAACGAACAGACAACAAGAGAGAACAUCGAGAAUACACACAACAUACCUCCUCGAGAAUUGAUUGAAUAAAUAUUUUUCUUUCAUUAAA